CGCUCGUUAGCUCUCUGACUCUCGCUCCCCCGCGACUACGCCAAGCGAUCAUUUUCCUAGCGCCGCGAAGUCUUCUCCGGGCGCAUGGACGCGUCGAGCGCGAGCGGCGAGAGUGGAAGCGGAGGCGGUCGCGGGACUGCCAGGAGGUGGAAAGGGAAAGGGGUGACGCCGAUACAGGCGCGGCGGCAGCAGCAGCUGGCGCCGGUCUUCGAGGACGCGUCCGCGGCAUUGCUGCGCCCGCUCAGGAAGAUCGGGAGGAGCCCCGACCGCCUCCACCGGACCACGUCGUCGCUCUCCACUUCCUCGUCGUCGGCCCCGGCCUCUCCUCGGUCUUUCCCCGCCUCCGACGCCGUCGCGCCUUCCGCGCGGCACAUCUUCCCCUUCGCGUAUGAGCCCUCGGCGACGACGGCGCGCGAGAGCCCGCAGCUUCUCCGGCAGUACUCCAGCAUGUCCCAACCAGCGUCGCCGCCGCCGCAGCAGCAGCCUUUGCGGCAUCAGCAGAUGAUCUCGUUCGGCGGUUCUCCGCCGUGCGCGACCCAGUCGUUCUUCAUGCCAGUCGAGAGCGCGCAGCAGCAGCAGCAUCUGCUGCGGUACUGGAGCGAGGCGUUGAACCUGAGCCCCCGCGGCGGCCUGGCCGGCAUGCCGCCUUCGCUGUACCAGCAGCUGCUGCGGGCGCCGCCCCCGCCGCAGAAACUGUACCGCGGCGUGAGGCAGCGGCACUGGGGUAAGUGGGUGGCGGAGAUCCGCCUGCCACGGAAUCGCACGCGGCUGUGGCUCGGCACCUUCGACACCGCGGAGGAUGCCGCCAUGGCGUACGAUCGCGAGGCCUUCAAGCUCCGCGGCGAGAACGCGCGGCUCAACUUCCCCGAUCGGUUCCUCGGGAAGGACCGCGCAGGAGGGAGCGGCCGCACCAGCGCCGCCAGCUCCGCUGCCACCUCGGCCGCCGCUGGCACCGCUUCCUGCUCGUCGUCAUCGUCCUCGCCUCCGCAAACUUCUGACGAGGCGGCGGCCAACACGCAGCAAGCUCCGCGGCAGCGGGAACAGCAGCACGCAGAAUGGUCCACGCUUGAAAACCAACCACAGCAUCCACCCCCAACGACUAUUCCCCAGGAUGGAGGCUCUCGCGACGCGGCUACGCCCUACUCGGCCGAAAUGUUUCACUCGUCGGCGCAGUCCGGCGGCAUGUGGGCUCAGGCCGACGAGUCAUGGUUCAACACAUGGGGCCCUGGCAGCUCCUUCUGGGACUACGAGAUGGACGACAGUGCUCGCAGCCUCUUCAUUCACCAUCCUCGCUUCUCCGGUGAGGAUGCCGGCAUGUCGCAUCCUGGCGCACAAGAAACACCACCGGCGACGGCAGCAGCAGGGACGUCGGACACAACAUGCGAUGACGUCCCGGUAACCUCUUCUUCUCCUCCUCCAGAAGCACACCAGGCUCCAAACUUCAUGUGAAAGGUCUAAACAUGCAUACACAUUCAAAGUUUGAACACCUUGGCGAUCGAUCCCGGUUAGGAUUAGGACAGAGAUGCACGCAGGUUGCAGUUUUUAAGACAAUUCUGCGGCAUCACGCACUUCCACAUCACAGCAUCGUUUCGGAAGCCAUCUGGCCACACAUUUAUUUCCCAAUACUACUUUUCUUCUGGAAACCACAAGGGAAUCCUGUACCUUGGCUGCAAAUUUUUGGCCAGCUUGACGUAUAGGGUGACCAGUCAAUCUCUCCUCCAUUUACACAUUUUAGCACAUGUUGAAUGUCUUAGAUAUUUGUUGUACGGAAUAGUUUUCAAUGUUGUUUGCUGCAAACCUCAUCGUUUCAUACUUCUAUGUGAUGGCUCAUAUGAUUUGAUAUCUAUGCAUGUUCUAUUUAUCAUUGUACCUUGCUUUGAAACAUUCCAACUAUUAAUUGUUCAGCUAUGCUACUUGUAAGUUGCUUGUUCAUUUUCAACUUUGGGUACAUUUUCUUGGCUUUUAGGGUCAGUAUCAGGCCCUUUGUGUUUAAUUAGAGUUCUGAACCUGGUACAAUGGCAGGAUAUGUUAUUAGACUUAUUAGCAAAUCACAAAUUACCUUAAAACAACUAGUUUGUAAUUGAAUCAUGCAAAUGACUUUUAAAAACACUAAAUUCUCAAGUCGAUUGUGCUAC